AUGGAACCCACCAUUUUGAGACUCAAUGCAGAAGCCAAGGCGGACGAAAAGAAGGAUGAAAAGGCUGUCGAUGCAAAGGAACAGGAUAACGAGGAAGAAGACACGGCCAGUCCUACCACGGCCAAUCCAACCUUUGGUGCCACGGCCAGUCCAACUACGGAGAGUCCUGCCACCAGUAGUCCCACCACUGCGAGCCCUUCGACAGAGCCUCCUUCGACAGAGCCUCCUACAACAGAAGCUCCUUCGACAGCGUCACCCACGGAAGGGGCACAGCAAGCCAAUGAACCACCCACCUCUCCACCAGUUGCCGUUGUGGUCGAACCAGCAGUCCCAGUCACGCCGCCUCCCACACUGACGCCCCUUAUAGAGCCAUCGUCUCCACAAGUAGUUCAACCACAAACCUUCGAAAACGACGAUCCAUCACUCAUGACACAAGCAGCAACCACCACCCAGCAACCAACAACUACCAAUGAAACGCUACCUCACUAUGUUCGUCUCGAACCCUUGUACAUGACUGUGAGUCUCACUGCAGGAGACUUUUCCGAAGAAGGCUUUAUGGAUGUACUCGUCGAUUACAUGGAAUUCAACAUGGCACGAGAUAUCGAAGGAUUCCAAUCCAUUACCUACGGGAUUAGUACAUUUAGUCAAACCAACGCCAUUGUCACCACCUCAAGAUCCGCCAACAAUACGGCCACAAAUCCCGACUUUAUUGUAUCCAACAUUACCGCUCAUGUGCAUUUACUCACGGCAACGUUUGACGGGAAACCCAGACAACCCGACUUGGUCAUUACGCAAUACAUGGAAAUGUUGCUUGAAAAUGAAGAACUCUUUCAACAAUACAUUGAUUCACAACCACAAUUGGAUGCACAGAUUUACAGUACCACGCUCGAGUUUGAAGAAACCAUACAGCCCACCAAUGUACAGACGGACAAUAACGCCAACGCCAACGGAGUACAAGAAGAGCAAGAGGAAUCUCCACCCAAGACGGAAGAAGAAAAGGCAAGUAGUAUAUGGAAGAUUGUCGGUAUCACCAUGGGAUGCUUUUGUGUGCUGUUAUGGGUCGUCUACUUGCACGGCAUUCAAUCGCGGCCCAUUAGUACGUAG